GCCCACUAGGAAGUGAACAGGCAGUACAACAAGAGCAUAGCCUACAUUAACGUUGUAAAACCCACCUGCAGUUGUUCUUUAGUAGUGUGAAAGUCUGAAAAAGAGCUAGGUACCUGUUUUUACCACUACUGUUUUUUGUGUUUACGUCCAGAGCAAGGUUUUGAAAAUGUCAAAGAAAAUCAAGGCAGGCCCAGUGGUUGAAAUGCAAGGAGAUGAAAUGACAAGAAUUAUUUGGGAGCUGAUUAAAGAAAAGCUAAUCUUUCCCUACGUUGACAUGGAGUUACAUAGCUAUGACCUGGGAAUUGAGCAUCGUGAUGCGACCGACGAUCAGGUGACCGUGGAUGCAGCUGAGGCUGUUCGGAAAUACAAUGUGGGCAUCAAAUGUGCUACCAUCACUCCAGAUGAGAAGCGUGUGGAGGAAUUCAAGCUGAAACAAAUGUGGCGAUCACCCAACGGCACUAUCCGCAACAUCCUGGGCGGUACAGUGUUCCGUGAGGCCAUCAUCUGUGAAAACAUCCCACGGCUAGUUCCUGGCUGGAUCAAGCCAAUCAUCAUUGGUAGACAUGCUCAUGGUGAUCAGUACAAAGCAACAGACUUUGUGGUUUCUGGACCUGGAAAGGUUGAGAUGAAAUACACACCACUGAAUGGACCCCCAGUGACUUUUGUUGUGCAUAAUUUUGAAGGCACUGGUGGAGUUGCAAUGGGAAUGUACAACACAGACAAGUCCAUUCAUGAUUUUGCCCAUAGUUCCUUCCAAAUGGGCUUGACCAAAGGAAUGGCAGUUUACCUCAGUACCAAGAACACAAUUCUGAAGAAGUAUGAUGGCCGCUUUAAGGACAUAUUCCAGGAAAUUUAUGAGAAAGAGUACAAAUCCCAGUAUGAGGCCAAGGGUAUCUGGUAUGAGCACCGACUCAUAGAUGACAUGGUGGCACAAGCGAUGAAGUCAGAGGGUGGUUUCAUCUGGGCCUGUAAGAACUAUGACGGAGAUGUCCAGUCAGACUCAGUGGCUCAAGGUUACGGUUCUCUGGGCAUGAUGACCAGUGUCCUGAUAUGUCCCGAUGGCCGCACUGUUGAAGCCGAAGCUGCCCAUGGAACAGUAACACGACAUUAUCGUCAGCACCAGCAGGGCAAGGAGACCUCCACUAAUCCCAUUGCCUCUAUUUUUGCAUGGACACGAGGUCUGGCCCAUCGUGCAGAGCUGGACAAGAAUGCUGAGCUGCGUGUAUUCGCAGAGGCACUGGAAGCUGUUUGCAUUGAAACAAUUGAGGCUGGAUUCAUGACCAAGGACUUGGCAGCUUGUAUCAAGGGGUUACCAAAUGUCCAGCGCUCAGAUUAUCUGAACACCUUUGAGUUCCUAGAUAAACUGGCAGAGAACCUGAAGACCAAGUUGUCAAAUCAGCCUAAACUCUGAAUCUUCUCAGUACUCAGAAGAUAUACAAACAGAGAUACAUGAAUAAAUAUUAGAAACAUGUAUGCCUUUUAAUUUUGAAAUUUGGAGAUGCAUCCAGUGAUAAGUACAUUUAUAGAUUUGGUUAGACCGUCCACAUAUUAUCUGCCCAUAUGAGGCAUUGCAUUCCAGUGGAUGGACUCAAGUGCCUUUUCAUGGCUCAUGCUGAAUUAAAAUAAGACUGUUUUCUAACAGUAGUUUAAAAGACUUGAAAGAAACAGCUUUACAGUAUUGACUGCACUUGUGUAUGUACUGUAUGGUUCAUAACAGUUUUUUAUAUGAUGCACUAAUAGUGAAGUAGUUGUGUCCAAAGGUGUGCUAUAGAAUCUCUGAAAUGCUGAAAUCUUUCAUUGAAGUUGCACAACAUAUUUACUCACAUUCAGGUCAUACUGUAUUCAGUAUAGUUAGAAUAACAAAGUAACUGUGUCAACACUUCUAGCAUUGUAACAGAAAUGUCUUUCAAGUCUCCCUAUAAUGUAAUGUUAAUAAAAGAAAACAUUCCACAAAGUU